AUCAAGAUAGAGAAGGAGCUUAGCAGCCUCUACAAGAGAAUGUUUGAACCUCUCCAUGUGCCUCCAGAACUCUUCCAAAGACUAACUGGACAAUUCUGCAACAUUCAGACUUUAAAGACAGGUCAAACUUAUGCUGCAGAAGAUAAAACAUCAGUUGAUGACAGGCUGAGCAUUCUGCUGAAGGGAAAAAUGAAGGUGUCUUAUCGAGGGCAUUUUCUGCAUAACAUAUACCCCUGUGCCUUUAUAGAUUCUCCUGAAUUUCGAUCAACUCAGAUGAACCGGGGUGAGAAAUUCCAGGUCACCAUUAUCGCAGACGAUAACUGCAAGUUCCUCUGCUGGUCCAGGGAAAGGCUGACUUAUUUUCUGGAAUCUGAGCCAUUUCUUUAUGAGAUCUUUAAAUACCUUAUUGGCAAAGAUAUUACAAAUAAACUCUAUUCAUUGAAUGACCCGACCUUAAAUGACAAGGCUUCGAAAAAGAUCGAUCGACAGCCUAGUCUCUGCUCACAGCUCUCUGUGAUGCAGAUGAGAAACAGCAUGGCCAGUACCAGUGACAGUGAGGAUGGCUUGCAGAUGUUUCUUCGUGGGACUUCCUCUGCAUCCUCUCUUCGCCCAGGCCGGACAUCUCCCUACCUGAGAACUUCGGCAAAAAUGAAGCCAAUAGAAGAAAGUGUUGAAGAUGACGUCUUUGAAGCACCAUCUGCUGAUAAGCUUGAACUCCAGCGGCUGCCUUAAAACAGAUGUGUCCUCGCACGUACCAGAGCUUGCACAGAGCUCCAGUGCAAGAGGAAGAAGCUCAAUCUGGGAGGAAUCUGAAAGCUGAACCCACAUCUCUGUAUUUGAAUUUACCACAGCAUGUGUCAGUGGCUUCUAGAUGGAAACGUCACAUUUUAUUUUACUUCUAAGUAAAAUAAAAUAAAAUUUAAAAA